CAGUGAUGUGGAAACAUCACUGGAAGGAGAAGGCAUGGCUGAGACAUGGUGUCCUGGCAGUGAAAUGGUGUAUAGCAGCUGCUGCAUCCAGCCUCCCUGUUUGAGCAGAUAUUAGUGCUGGUCAAACUUUGACCAGAAGCCCAAAAUGGCCCCAGUGGUAGAAAGGGUGCAAGACUCUGCCCCUUCACUAGUCUCAGUACCACUCACUACAGGGAUAGAUUUUUCUCCCUAAGGUACAGUCCAACAGGCCUUUUUCAUAUGGCGAAAGUUUGUGCUAUUUUUGGAGGAUCCAGAGGAAUUGGAAAAGCUGUUGCACAACUGCUGGCAUGGAAAGGAUACCGCUUGGCUAUUAUUGCUAGAAAUCUGGAAGUAGCUCAAACUACUGUGAAUCAUCUUGGGGCAGGUCAUAUGGCACUUAGCUGUGAUGUAGCCAUGGAACAAGAUGUCCAAAAUACAUUUCAGGAGGUGGAGAAGAAUUUAGGUCAUGUUAAUUACUUGGUUAAUGCUGCUGGAGUCAACAGGGAUAGCUUGUUGCUGAGAACCACAUCUGAAGAUAUGGUAUCCCAAAUUAACACUAACCUUCUGGGAACAAUGUUGACAUGCAAAGCUGCUGUAAGACAUAUGCUUCAACAGCAGGGAGGUGCUAUUGUUAACAUAGGAAGUAUUGUUGGACUCAAGGGCAAUUCUGGUCAGAGUGUGUACAGUGCCAGCAAAGCAGGAUUAGUUGGAUUUUCACGCUCUCUUGCUAAAGAAGUAGCAAGAAAGAAAAUUCGAGUCAACAUGGUUGCUCCAGGCUUUGUUCACACAGAGAUGACUGCACAUUUGAAAGAAGAUCAGUUGAAGAAAACUAUUCCUCUUGGAAGAUUUGGAGAGCCUGAUGAAGUUGCACAAGCUGUUGUCUUUCUUCUGGAGUCUCCCUAUAUAACAGGGCAUAUUCUAGUUGUAGAUGGAGGCUUGCAGCUUGUAAUUUAAAUUCCACAAUAGUACUUAUAAAAUGACUUGAAUGGAGAGAAAAAUAAACUUGGCUGAUGAAGAUUCUGAGGUGUGUAAUCAAGAUGAUUCUUUCAUGAGUUAGCACUUCUUAAUCAAAACAGUAAGAUAAUCAUGUGUAAGUUAAAUAGUAAACUCUAGUCUAAAAUGUAAGGUUGUAAUAUAAUAUGUACAUUGGUCAGUUAACUAAAGCCUGCAUAUAUGAUGCCAAAUGAGGAAAUGCAUGGUGGAUGCAUCAUAGAACUUUUUUCAUAACUUCUGUGAAGAAGUGAGGAAAUGAUAAUGAUACUAAAUCACACAUUGAAAUUAAGUACAUUUUUUCUGAAUGCCAUUCACAUUUUAUGAUUUGGGAUAGAAUGGGAGCAUCACUCUGAAGGUUCCUCUAGCACAACAAGACUUACAACAUUUUGUGAGCCUGUUCGCUGGUCAGUGGUGGUGGCUGCAUAGUUGACCAAAUAUUUCAAAUGUUCCUUUUCAGAAGAAAUGGUAUCAUGUGUAAUGAAAUGGUAAACUCCUCUCUAGGAGGAAGGUCCUGACCUUUUGUUUUUAUUUUCCUACCAAAUAUUUCCUAAUCAAUACAUUUGUUUAGUGC